CGAGGGUGGGGUAUAUGAAGCCCACAGCCCCAGGCUCUGGGCAACGUCUUGGGUUCCAGGAGCAUCCCCUGAGCCCCUGGCACCAUGAAGCUCACCGCCGUGUUGCCGGUGCUCUGCGUGGCCCUGCUCAGCCAGUGCACCACAGCCUUCUUCAUGGGCUCCAGGAUCAAGCCUGAAGUCCCAGCUGUGCCCGUCCUCACCCCUGCCCUAGAGGCUGGGGCUGGGGCCCUGGAGACUGGGGCCGGGGCCCUGGCUGGGGCCGGAGCCCCGGCUGGGGAAUUGCCCGUUCCCUCCCUCAACAGCUUCGGCCCCCUCAUGCUCCUGAAGCUCUUGCUGACCAAUCUGGGCAUCCCGGUGCAUCAUCUGGUGGAGGGCUCCAGGAAGUGUGUAACUGAGCUGGGCCCCGAGGCUGUGGGGGCUCUGAAGUCACUGCUGGGAGCCCUGACAUUCCUGGGCUGAGCAGCGGCUGAGUAUCCCUGCCUUGGGGCAAGAUGCUGCCACCUUCAGGCCGGGCACCCACACCAGCCCCAGCCCCGCACCCUUUCCUCCUGUCAAUAAAUAGUUAAGAGC